UAGUGUGAACGGGACGGGAGACAUAACGGGAGCGGAGCAGCUGUUGCCUGCUAAUUGGAAAAUUAAACACAAAAAUUGUGAGUUUCGUGUGGAGUUUGGCCAAGUGAAAAGGGACGGCGGCGGCACUUACGACGCCACAAGAAAAAUCACAGGCAGUGGCGAAACGACACUCCAAAGUAUUUGUGACACAAUCGGUGAACACUCUCGCACACACACACCCACACACACUCGAGUGCAAAAGAGACGGCAAGGGAGCGAGGGGCAACUCAAGAGUUCAACAAAAUUUCCAGUUUUUCCGUCGCGUUCAACACACAACAAAUAAUGCAAGUGCAGUAUGCCGACGAGUGACGAAGAAGCGACAAUGUCCACGGUGCGCCUGCCCAUUGUGGGCAUGACCUGCCAGUCGUGCGUGCGCAACAUUCAGGAGCACAUUGGUCAGAAGUCCGGAAUCCUGGGCGUACGCGUCGUUUUGGAGGAGCAGGCGGGCUACUUCGACUACGAUCCAGGCCAGACGGAUCCCGCCCAGAUAGCCAGCGAUAUCGACGACAUGGGCUUCGAGUGCAGCUAUCCAGAGUCGGGGGCGGGGGCGGUGUCGGACACAAAUCCAAUCCCCUCCAGCGCCUGGACGAACAUCCGGGUGGUGGGCAUGACCUGCCAGUCGUGCGUGCGCAACAUCGAGGGCAACAUCGGCACCAAGCCCGGCAUCCGGUCCAUUGAGGUGCAGCUGUCGGCCAAGAAUGCCCGCGUCCAGUACGAUCCCGCCCAGUAUGAUCCCGCCCAGAUAGCCGAGCUCAUCGACGACAUGGGCUUCGAGGCGUCCGUGGAGGAAUCCGUACAGCCCAGCCAAUCGCCCGCCCGCGCCUCAUCACCCAAGAAAAGUAGUGCUCCUCCUCCUCCAGUGGCUCAAAAUGGUUCGGCGGUGGCCAUUCCGAUUGAGCAAGAGUUCCUCACCAAGUGCUUCCUGCACAUUCGGGGGAUGACCUGCGCCAGCUGUGUGGCGGCCAUCGAGAAGCACUGCAAGAAGAUCUACGGCCUGGACAGCAUCCUGGUGGCCCUGCUGGCCGCCAAGGCCGAGGUCAAGUUCAAUGCGAAUGUCGUCACCGCGGAGAACAUCGCGAAAUCCAUCACAGAGCUGGGCUUCCCCACGGAACUCAUCGAUGAGCCGGACAACGGCGAGGCCGAGGUGGAGCUGGAGAUCAUGGGCAUGACCUGCGCCUCCUGCGUCAACAAGAUUGAGAGUCAUGUGCUCAAAAUAAAGGGCGUUACCACCGCCUCCGUUACACUGCUAACAAAAAGAGGUAAAUUCCGCUACAGCACUGAGGACACGGGUCCACGGAGCAUCUGCGAGGCGAUCGAGGGGCUGGGUUUCGAGGCCAAGCUGAUGACUGGAAGGGACAAGAUGGCCCACAACUAUCUGGAGCACAAGGAGGAGAUCCGGAAGUGGCGCAACGCCUUCCUGGUCUCACUGAUCUUCGGCGGUCCCUGCAUGGUGGCCAUGAUCUACUUCAUGCUGGAGAUGGACGACGUGGGACACGCGAACAUGUGCUGCAUCGUGCCUGGGUUGUCGAUGGAGAAUCUGGUGAUGUUCCUGCUCUCCACACCGGUGCAAUUCUUCGGUGGCUUCCACUUCUACGUGCAAUCCUAUCGGGCGAUCAAACACGGCACCACGAACAUGGAUGUGCUGAUCUCGAUGGUCACGACCAUCUCGUACGUGUACUCCGUGGCCGUGGUGAUCGCAGCCGUAUUGCUGGAGCAGAACAGCUCGCCCCUCACCUUCUUCGAUACGCCGCCCAUGCUGCUGAUCUUCAUUUCCCUCGGUCGCUGGCUGGAGCACAUUGCGAAGGGCAAGACCUCGGAGGCGCUGUCCAAGUUGCUCUCCCUCAAGGCUGCCGAUGCCCUGCUGGUGGAGAUCUCGCCGGACUUCGAUAUCAUCAGCGAGAAGGUGAUCUCCGUGGACUAUGUACAGCGCGGCGAUAUCCUGAAGGUGAUACCGGGAGCCAAAGUUCCCGUGGACGGCAAAGUCCUGUACGGUCACUCCAGUUGCGAUGAAUCGCUGAUCACGGGCGAAUCCAUGCCGGUGGCCAAACGGAAGGGAUCCGUAGUCAUCGGCGGCUCCAUCAACCAGAAUGGAGUGCUCCUGGUGGAGGCCACGCACACGGGUGAGAAUACAACGCUGGCGCAGAUCGUGCGUUUGGUGGAGGAGGCGCAGACCAGCAAGGCGCCCAUCCAGCAGCUGGCCGAUCGGAUUGCCGGCUACUUUGUCCCCUUCGUGGUGGUGGUGUCCAGCAUCACGCUGAUUGCCUGGAUCAUCAUUGGCUUCUCCAAUCCCAAUCUGGUGCCCGUGGCCAUGGAGCAUAAGAUGCACAUGGACCAGAACACCAUCAUCGUUAGCUAUGCCUUCAAGUGUGCCUUGAGUGUGCUGGCCAUCGCGUGUCCCUGUGCCCUCGGCUUGGCCACGCCCACUGCCGUGAUGGUGGCCACUGGAACGGGAGCGAUCAAUGGUGUGCUGGUGAAAGGAGCUACUGCACUGGAGAAUGCCCACAAGGUAAAGACUGUGGUCUUCGACAAGACCGGCACCAUAACGCACGGCACCCCGAUGACCAGCAAGGUCACCCUGUUCGUCCAAGCACAGGUCUGCAGCCUGGCCCGAGCUCUGACGAUCGUGGGAGCCGCCGAGCAGAACAGCGAGCAUCCGAUCGCCUCCGCCAUUGUGCAUUUCGCCAAGGAUAUGCUGAACGUGGGCGCAACUCCCCAGGGCGGUAGCUUUGGCAAGAGCAGCCACUUCCAGGCCGUGCCCGGCUGUGGCAUCCGCGUCACCGUAUCCAACUACGAGCAAACGCUGCGGCAGGCCUGCAACGCGGAACGCAUCAUCAACUAUGAGAACCUGCACCGCGACCAUCCACUGGGAUCCGUGUCGGUGGACAAUGGAGCCAGCAUCGAGCACUUGCUGCCGCAGCACAGUGUUCACAAGUCCAUGGAACUGAACCAACAGCAGUUGCUCUCCGACUUGGUCUUGGAGCAGGAUGAGCAGCUCGUCACGGACCAGAAGAUCAUCGAUGGCCCCGAGAUACUGGUGCUCAUCGGCAACCGGGAGUGGAUGCAGCGCAACGCCAUCGAGGUGCCGCUGGAGAUCAGCGAUUGCAUGUCGCACGAGGAGCGGAAGGGACACACCGCCGUGCUGUGCGCGCUCAACGGGCAGCUGGUGUGCAUGUUUGCCGUGUCGGACAUGGUCAAACCGGAGGCCCACCUCGCCGUAUACACGUUAAAAAAGAUGGGCAUCGAUGUGGUGCUGCUGACGGGAGAUAACAAGAACACGGCUGCCAGCAUAGCACGAGAGGUUGGCAUCAGAACGGUGUACGCGGAGGUGCUGCCCUCGCACAAGGUGGCCAAGAUCCAGCGGAUCCAGGCCAACGGCAUCCGCGUGGCCAUGGUGGGCGAUGGGGUCAACGACAGUCCGGCGCUGGCGCAGGCGGAUGUGGGCAUCACGAUUGCAGCGGGCACGGACGUGGCCGCCGAGGCCUCGGACAUUGUGCUGAUGCGCAACGAUCUGCUGGAUGUGGUGGCCUGCCUGGACUUGUCCCGCUGCACGGUGCGUCGCAUCCGCUACAACUUCUUCUUCGCCAGCAUGUACAAUCUGCUGGGCAUUCCGCUGGCCUCUGGGUUGUUUGCUCCCUACGGCUUCACCCUACUGCCGUGGAUGGCAUCCGUGGCCAUGGCCGCCAGUUCGGUGAGCGUGGUGUGCUCCUCGCUGCUGCUGAAGAUGUACCGCAAGCCGACGGCAAAGACGCUGCGUACGGCGGAGUACGAGGCGCAGCUGGCGGCGGAACGGGCCGGUGGCUCCGAAUACGAGCUGGAUAAGUUGUCCCUCCAUCGGGGCCUGGACGAUCUGCCCGAAAAGGGCAGGAUGGCCUUCAAACGGUCCACCAAUUCGCUUAUAUCGCGCAUUUUCAUGCACGGCAACGGGGGCGUCACGUCGCCGGAUGCCAAACACGAGGAGGGACUGCUGGAUCCCGAGGAGCAGUACGAUGGCCGCACCAAGAUCGUGAGGAGUCGCUACCAUGCCAAUGACAGCACCGAACUGCAGAAGCUGUGAGCUCAACGAUGGCAACAAUCAAGCAUCCACAAUCCAACCGAGGACCUCAAAACGACAAAUUUUCAGUAAAAUUGUUAGCGGGCUUUAAAUUGAACUAGUAAGAGAGCGAAUUAUAAAAUCUAUGUACAUAUUUGCAGAUUGAUUAUUUUGACAAAGAACAAGUAGUAGGAUACCAGGGUUAUCUUUGAUAUAUUCGCAGUUAUAAUAUAAUUUUGUAUAUCUCACAUAAGCAAAAGUCAAAGGGAGGUUUUUAUACGAAAAGUAUUCUCAGUAUGUAAAUAUAGCUCAAACAGAAAAUAUUUAAUAAAUAUUUUAAGUACACUUUCUUGAACUACUGAGAUGCAUUUUUACAUUAAAAUACCUCCUUAUUUAUCUUUUCUUAUUUUGAGGAUAACAAGCUUAAUAUUUCAUUGAAAGGAAAAUAUCACAGAUUUCGUUAGGCCACUACUAAUUCUAGGAUUUUUGUUAUAUGGCAGGAUUUUCUAUUUUUCUAGACCCGCAAACGCACCGUCCCCUUCUUAUCCUUCUUUUUUUUAAUAAGAAACUCAAAACAUUUAUAAGCGUUUUUUGUUUUAUAGAUCCGUUUUCUUUUCCCGAUUUAUUAUGCUUAUCAUUAUUAUUAUUAUUGUAUACAAACGUUUUUUUUUGUGUUAUGAUCGAUCGUAAGUUAAAUAUUAUUAUUAAGUUCAACUGAACAAAGGCAAACGAGUCGAAGAUCUGGAGACAAAGCAAGACAUCAACCAUCAUUGAACUAUUGUUACUUAUUGUUAAUACGCAUUAUCAUAUAUCCACAUACGCAAAGGUAAAAUAAAUCAAAACCAAAAGACGAAAAUCGAACAACUUGACCCUUCUUGAGGAGUCACUGACCCCAUAUCGGCUUUAAUCCUUAUUUGUGCAGUCCGGAGGAGGACGUACACUUGUAAAACAAUUGGGCACAACUGUAAAACAAAGGGAAAAACAUUCUUAUAUCUUUAUAACUUUAGUGUUUAUAUACAAAACGCAUUGUUAUUGUACAUAUGAAUAAAACAAAAAAAACCGGAGAGAGGAAACCCCCAUACUAGCAAAUUGCAA